AUGCAGAAACACCCUAAACCUCAUGUACACGCCAACUCAACCUACACCACAUAUACCAUACCCUCUCCAACAAGCCCUCAGUUCCAAUUCAAUGGCAGCGGCAGCACCCUCCUCCCCCACCACAUGACCCGCUACAUCUAUCCCUCCAACCUACACUACCACGCAUCGCAACUCGUGCUGCAGCUCCCAUCCGACUCUGUGAACCGAGUACAACUCCCAGGGCGAAGGAUCAUGGGGUGUUGAUGGAUACAAUUUCC